GAUGGCUAUGGAUCUCUUUCUCUCUAUACGUAUUUAGUUAACGAACGCGCUUUACGGAAUUUUGUGAUAUAUGCCGCCGAGAUUAUCUAUCUGUUCUUUUUAUUUUUAUUGUAGUCGGCAGUGAAAUGUUUCGAAUGUGAUGCCAGUUCUUUCGAUCUCAGUCUCUAAGCUGCAUAGGGGCGAAUUAACCGUUACGAUGGUUCCGUGCCGAGCGACAUCGCAAGCGCCUUCGGAACUUCGAUGACCGUCUGCGACAUCGCGAGCCAUGAUCGCGAACCUGCCACUGCUGUUCGCCAACGGCAACCCGACGGGGCUGUCGACGGUGACGGCGGAGGAGCUGGAGCGGUUCAUAACAUUCAUGGUGGCAUGUUCAUGGGGUCGGGACACGGCGAAGGAUAUCCGCCAGCCGCCGUGGUGGCCCGCGGACGUCGCGUUCUCGCACCCGUUCGUGCGACCGGCGGUCCUGCCUGACGAUUGGGAAGGCAGGCUGAAGAACCUCGUGAAACGAUGCUACGACUACCACAAGAGUGCGUUCCUGCUGGUGUUCUCCGCGCAGCUGGCACGAUACCCGCGCCGCCGCCUGCGCUACGUGGACAACCGCGACCGCACCACCUCGCUGUACUACCGGCCCAACGGCCGCCUGCUCGUCACCUUCCGCAACGAGAACAUGUUCUACGACCGCCCGAAGAACCUCGACUCAGCCGAGCCUCAGGUCAAAUCCGAUAUCUAUCUCUGUGAUAAUUGUGACAGUCAUUUUGACAAUGUUGAGAUAUUGAGAGCCCACGAGAGACUCUGCAACAAUGAGGAGGUGCCGACUAGUUCUGAACCCACCGGAAGACUACCAGAAUUUCUUUCCGCCCUAAAACUCAAACCACAGGAUGAGAAAUUGGAAACUACAUCCAGAAAUGUGGAUGGGGAUAGCCGUCAGAGAAAUGCCAGAUCAGCUGCAAAUAUUGACCGUGGACCUCCAUACCCGUUUUCUUCCUUAGCCUACUUGAAAAAUGCGAAAACGAAUGUGAACUUAGAUAAAAGCUACUCAAGAGAGAGGAUUGAACGGUACUGCUGUACAUCAACACCAUUGAACAGCAAACCAUCAGCUUUAAAGAGCAAAAACCAGCAGUUUCCGAUCAGGUACAGACGGCCCAUAGACUACUGGCAGAGGCGGCACGUUUUCCCCUACCAACGAAACAAGGAUGUACUAGAUCUGAAAGGACAGCUCUUGCUAUUGAAAUGUAAGCCGAUCAGUGUAAACGUUGACAGGAUGUCACUCGAGAGCAUGAACGAGUACAUUGACAAUCUUCGGAAGGAGGCAGAGAGCAAAAAGCCUCAAACUGAGGACAAGGACAUAGUGUUUGUGGAUGAGGAUGAUCAGCCUGUAGAUCCCCUGAAGCGUGAUGAGAGUGAAGUUAUCGAUUUGUGUUCGGACGAUGAGUCGCCGGUGAACGAGAAUGUUGAUCCGCGCGCGGGCGUGGCGUGCGUGGUUCGUGGAGGGGCGGUGCUCCGGCGCACGGCGGCGACAGCUGCGCCUCUGGUGCUGCCCGCGGCGCCUUGUGGCGCUCGCCAGCGGCCGCUGCCUCUCACUCUGCCAGCAGUCCUGAGUCCAACUCACCCGCAUCCGCAUCCUGUCAUUCUCAUCGCGCACACACUCAACAACAUACAGACAAUUUCCAUCGAUUGACUCAUGUAAUCGUUUAUCCAUAGUAGGUAUAAUUGCUAUUAUUUAUUUCUUCUUAAUUAAAUCAAAUAAUGAAC